UUGAACGCCCAAUCAUAAUCUCUGAUCCGGAAACCUGUGUGAGUGUGUGUACUGUUGUUGUUUGUUGACAGUUAACGAAGGUGCGAAAAUGGUGUUAUGUGAUGAAAAUCGACUUCGGCAGCUAUUUAGAAGCCUUGGUGUGGAGACGCCUAAUUUAAAAUCGGAUGCUGGAGGAAAUGUAACGAUUAGUGCAUCGGAUCUGAGCAGUGGAAGACUACCAAAUGAACUAGUAACCGGAUUUGGAACAAUUGCAUUGUCAUUAGCUAAGAAAGCAGAUAAUUCACUGCUAGGAAAAACAGCAGAAGAAGAAGCUUGUGUGAGACAGUGGGUUGAAUAUGCAGUUUGCUACAUUAAUUUAAUGGAUUCCCCUGGCGUGCAGCAACGUGUACUAAAGGAAUUGAAUAGUUUCUUGGCAGACAAAACAUUUUUUGUCUCAUAUCAUCAAACUUUAGUGGACAAGAUGUAUUACCAUCUGUUGUAUGAUGUUAUGUCCAGUUUGACAUUUCAAGAAAAGGAACAAUAUGUACAUCUUUCACGAUGGUACAACCAUUUGCAGCAAGACACGAAGUUGAGGCAAAACAACAAAUUAAUCAUGUUCAGCAGAAGGCUGUUGUAUGUGUAAAGAAUGUGAGCAAUCAUUGUGUUGUGCAUCUGACUGUGACAGUAUCGCUGUAAAUAUAUUAUUCCGAUGGA